CCUGGAGAAGAACACGAUGUCAGGGCUGGAGGAUUACGCGCGCGUUCUGGAGGCUCGCUUGGCAGCAGAGGCCGACGCCGCCGCGCCCGCCGCGCGCAAGCACCGCCGGCAUCGGCGACCCGUCGGCAUCGCGUCUCCACCCGAAGCGGCGGCGGUGGCGGCGGUGCUGGGCCCAGCGUGUGCGCCCGUACCGCGUGGGACGCGGACGGCGCGCGGAGGGACGGAGCGCUGGCUGCUGGGCUCGCUGCUGCUGCUGCUGCUCAUCAACGCGCUGCUGUACUGGAAGCUGUACCAAUACCAGCGCCAUCUCGACGUCGAACAGCUGCAUUCCAGGAUGAGCGGUCUGGACGGGCCGCUGGCGGCGGAGUGGGCGCGGCUGCUGCGGCAGCACUCGCACGAGCAGCGCGGCCAGCUGCGUGCCUGGCGCUCCGCCCUCGACGCCACGCGGGCGCUCCUCGUGCAGACGGAGCAGGCGCUGAUCAAGCUGCUGGAGACCAUCAAACCGUCGCUGGAGGCGCCGCCCGACCCGCCCGCGCCACGCGACGACCUAUAAGUACCCUUAUAAUGGUAUGAAUUUACUCAAGGUAAACCUCUAUUCUGUCUUCUUUUGGUGGUCGAAAGUAGACCAUUUUAUUUUGUAAAGCCCGGUCUGUGAGCACGUAGAAUUUUGUCCAAUGACCCCAAGCUACCCAUCCUUAUCGCUCGCGCGUAAUUAUAUUGCUGUUGCG